AUGGCACAUAUGCAACAACGAGUUGUUAAAGUUAUUUCUAAGCCUCCAAGAGAGAGGAAAGAUGCAGAAAUUCAGUUGGUGCUACCAUGGUUACGGAAAAAGAGCGAUCUAUUUAAGGAUCUGGAUAAAAGUGUUUUGACAGAUGUAAUACGAAACUGUGCAUACAUGAAAGCUUUCCGAGACGACGUUAUCAUAAAACAGGGUGAAAAGGGAAACAGUUUCUUCAUUAUGUUGACGGGGAAAACAUCAGUACUCAUCGACACCCAGAAAUCAGACGAUGAUGCUCCGCCGCCGGACGAAACCGAUCAAACGAUAGACUCCUCAGUACUGGAGGAUAAAACUGAGGAUAUAGACGAUGCAGACGACAGCAAGAAUAAACAAGAAAGAGACAAACAAAACGGAGUUAAGAAGGUGGUUGACCGGUCCAAGUAUGGAAAGUUCAUAAUUCAUUAUGAAGAAGGAAAAAGUUUUGGUGAGGUAGCGUUGAUGUCGGAGGACUCAGUACGUAAUGCUACUGUACUAGCGGACGAGGAGACCGACCUACUGGUCAUCAGUCGUGAACUCUUCAACAGAUCAAUGAAGGCAAAACAAGAGGAAGAGUACCAGGAAAGACAAGAUUUCAUCAAAAAGUGUCCUUUAUUUAGUAACUGGUCGCCUAAAUUCAAGAAACUGUUGGAGAUGAGUUUGAGAAAGGAAUACUACCAUUACGGGUCUACAAUAGUCAAGCAGGGAGAUCCGCCUCCCGGGCUACUCUUUAUAAUUCAGGGACAAGCAAAGAUAGUAAUGAAUCCAAACCAGCAUUCUAGUCAGUAUUCACAUCUGCUCACUCAAAACUCUGUACCAAUACAAAAUCAGUUAAAUAGGACACAUUCAAGGCCAAGAGGAGAAGAAGAACGUGACGUGCUCCAGCAGCAGGUGCGCGUGCGUAGACGAGAUGGAUAUGUAGCUGCAGAAAAGCGCCAAAGAAAUAUGUGUGUCGAACUCUGCUGCGUUGAGAGACAUGAUGUGAUAGGUGAUGUUGAAAUGGCACUAGAGCUUGACUCUUGUGUCAGUUCUGUGAUCUGCAACUCUAAUGCCACUGUUAUGAUACUAGACACCAAGAACUACGAUCGUCUCGUAGCAAAGAAAAACCAACAAACAAUCACAAAAAUAAGUCAGAGGGCUUUACAAAAAUUACAGUGCCGUUGUCAUACAACUAAAGGAUCCAAAAUUCCACUGUUAAAAAGUCUUGUAGAAAAGUUAAAAGAAAAGUUACCUAGGAGACAAAAUAAUAUACAACUGCGCCAACAGAUUACAGAGUUAGACAAAGAAAAGGAACAAUUGAUGGAGCAGUUGAUAGAUCUGUAUUUGAGAGGAAAAGUUCCUAUGAUUGAACCAUUUGUUCCCAAUGCACUAUAUUACCGAAAGAAGACAAUAAGGAGAGCAGAAAUUAUGGAACACAGAAACAAACUGGCCAAAGGAGUUCCGCAGACGGGGAAGCGAAGUUUGUAUGAUAUACCGAAAAGAAAGGUCGCUAGAAGUAUGAAGCAACUGAAAACGGCUAAUGCUGAACAAGAGUUGUUAAGUCCGUCACUGAGCAUUGUCAGACCAUUCAGUGAUUAUAGAGCGACGAGCCGACGAGAGGUUCAACAACGACCCCGCACUGCCAUAGGCCUGACAAGUAUGACAUCAAUGAAAGAGCGAACCCGACCAGUUUCCGAAAACAACCGAGUGUUUUUAACUGAAUGCAACAAUGGUAGUUUAGAGGGUGAAAGGGACAACAUAAUUUUAAGUGAAAACGAUAAUUUUUUUCAGCAGUUAGAUAAUCUUCAUCGCGAAAAACAUGAAAAUAGGUCCAGAAUUGUUUGCUCUGCCACAGCAAGGGAAGAAUUGAUGAACGAUAUGCGAUACUUUAACGGUAGUACAGGCGAGGUUCAGGUGCCACAGGACGAGGCUUAUUUUGACUGGGAGACCAGCGAGGGCCACCUUAAUAGGUUAGAGGACAGGAUUAAAAGUUUCUGUGACAAGCUAGAAAAGACGGCAAAUAACAAGGAUGCACCAAGGCUUUCACCUCUAAAGAGAUUUUCUAUUCAAGAUGAUAGAGACGAAAAUAACUUUGAUCUUAAAGUUCCCAAACCAGGAGGGACAGUAUUCGUUCGCACAAAAAUCUGUAACAGUCACGAGGAGGCAUCCGAAGAAGACAUUCACCAGUGCACGUACGGAGGUUUAUUCUAACAAGGGAGAGUAGUGGAGCGGAUCAGGUACAACUUCCCGACAGACCUAAAUCGGCAUUUGCUGGUUCCCAGCAGAGAAGGUAAAGCUGCUCCUUCAAUGUUGAUGCUCUCAAUAAAGGUAACAGCCAUGGGGUGAAAACCAUGUUUGUAAAAUUGAAAAAUAAAUGAACAAAGCUGUACCUAACUAUACAUUUUUACUUUCCAUACUUGAGACGUGGGCUUUAUAAUGUAUAUAAGCAAUUUAGAUAUUAAAAAUCUAUAUUUUUGUC